ACUGCCUCGCCAAGAACACUUCAACAGCCAUUAUAAUAUUCACGAAAUUUGCCCUCCCGAGCUGCCCUUUUGCUCCACGCCUCUCCGCUCUCCGGUUUUGACUCGCCAUCCAUCCCCUCUCCCCGUCUGCCCCCCAAAGAUUUUUACUUUCCACGCCGGGGAGAUCAGCACGGUGGGCGGUCCAAAGAUCGAGCCGUCGCGCCGGGGUUUCUUGGCUGGCAUUUUCUGACAGCCGCGGGGGAUGAGCUGCUUCCCGUGCUCGGGGUCCUCGGGGAAGGCCGGGGAGGACGCGGCGGCGUUCUCGCCGUCGCCCCGGCCGUCGGCGGCGAAGCCGGCGCCAGAUCGAUCCAAUUCUCGUAGUUCAAGCUCUGUUCGCAGAGGAGGAAGCAUUCCACAUGGCCCGGCAAAGAUUUUCACUUUCCGAGAGCUAGCUAUUGCUACCAAGAAUUUCAGAAAAGAUUGUUUGUUGGGUGAAGGUGGUUUUGGUCGUGUCUAUAAAGGGCACAUGGAGAAUGGACAGCAGGUUAUUGCUGUGAAGCAACUCGACAGAAACGGUUUCCAAGGAAAUCGUGAAUUUCUUGUGGAGGUUCUCAUGCUAAGCCUCUUGCACCAUCCCAAUCUUGUCAGAUUAAUUGGUUAUUGCGCAGAUGGUGAUCAGCGCCUCCUUGUUUAUGAGUAUAUGUUAUUGGGAUCGUUAGAAAAUCAUCUGCAUGACCGCCCACCAGACAGGGAACCCCUUGAUUGGAAUGCAAGGAUGAGGAUUGCUGUUGGUGCAGCGAAGGGUUUGGAGUACCUGCAUGAUAAGGCAAAUCCACCGGUCAUAUAUAGAGAUUUCAAACCAUCAAAUAUUCUUCUGAGUGAAGAUUAUUACCCGAAGCUGUCUGACUUUGGGCUUGCUAAACUUGGCCCUGUUGGUGAAAACACUCAUGUAUCAACAAGAGUUAUGGGAACGUAUGGCUAUUGCGCUCCUGAAUAUGCGAUGACAGGGCAGUUGACAGUAAAGUCUGAUGUUUACAGUUUUGGUGUUGUGUUCCUUGAACUUGUUACAGGUCGGAGAGCCAUUGAUCACACCAAGCCUGAUGGGGAGUCAAAUCUUGUUGCAUGGGCUCGCCCGAUGUUCAGGGACCGUCGAAAGUUCUGCCAGAUGGCCGACCCAUUGCUGCAAGGCCGGUAUCCCAAGAGGGGUUUGUACCAGGCUUUAGCCGUUGCAGCAAUGUGUUUGCAGGAGAAAGCGGCGUCACGGCCCCUCAUAGGGGACAUUGUCACUGCACUUUCUUAUCUAGCUUCCCAGCAUUAUGAUCCGAAAAGCUGUAGGACCUGCCCGUCUACCCCAAGGGCGAAAGCACACCGACGGACAACCAGUUGUGUUCCUGAUGCUCAACGUGCAGCUGACACGCUUAACUGGGACGCCGUGGACUUGAGAAGAAAGGAGGCUAGAGGAGGGGAGUUUGAAGAGGACCUCAGUGAAGGCUGCUGCAGUGGCAGUAGCUCUGGGAGGAAUGAUGGCUUGGAUGUGCCAGUACUGCUUGCCUUGCACAGUGGGAAGUCUUACGGUGAAGCUGAUAGAGAUCGCAAGUCUGCUGUCAAGGUCGAUGCCCAUGAGAAACCGAGAGCAGAUCCUGGCAAAUAUAACAGGCAGGUUUGAAUUUGAUGGCCUUUACGAACGGGCAGCGCUGCCAGGCUUGUGUUUACAGACCAGCCCUCUGCUCUCAGCCAGGCUUGUGUUUCCCCACUCCUGUUGACCAUACAUUACACUCCAUGGGUUUUUGUUGUUUCUACUGAGCACUUAUCACAUACCGUAUUGCGAAAGGAAGACGAUGUUCAACUGCUGGGAAUCUGUCUCCCAGGAUGCCUGCUUCGAUCAAUAACAGCGUCACUCGACGUAUAGAAGAUCACCCCCUUUGUAUUUAUCGUCUAGGAUAAGGUUUUCUUUGGUUUUUGGUAUUGCCAUAUAUGUUUUGUGCAUCGAAAAAGAGUUGUCUUGUAAGUAAUCCUGCUAUUAGAGGAUUUUUCCUUUUGUCCAUACCUUGUAAGAAUGUAUAAAAGGAAUGAUGAUCUGUAGAGGAUAUAUCACAAUCAGGCAUGGUUGUACAGACUAAAGUAAAUGAUAUACAAGUUUUUUGGAGUGUGAA